AUAGCAAUUACUCUGAGAAAUAGUUGUUAUAACUACCAGCAAAAUCAAUUAGCAUUCAAUACCUCAAUCAAAAAAAAGAGUAGAGUGAUGUCCUCUCUUAAGGUAUUCGAGCGAGUUGAACAUGACGAGCAUGACGACAUCACCUACGCGCCUGAGAUUCAAUCCGUUGAGAUUCCACCGGAUCAGAUGAGCGAAAAUAGCGACAACCUACAGGAGUAUUUCGAUCGAGCAGCCACUGAAGAGAGAAAACGACGAAUUCAUAGUCCGAUGCCGAGGUUAAUAGAAAGAAAGUCGAUCCUGGGUACUAUUUUUUAUUUUUAUUUUAUUUGA